AUUGAAUAGUUAUUACGGUUGGUUUUUUAUAAAUAUGUACUUGAUUAGGUAGUCAGUAAAAUUAGCGGGAAAUAGAUGUCCAUUUUGCAUAACAGUUUUGUUCGUUCUAGUUCUCUGUGCGUUCUUAAAAAUAUUUAGAUUUUCAUUAUGGAGCCGAUAAAACACAAAUAUUCGAAUAUAGAUUAUAGAAAGGAUAAUAUAAUAGAACAAAUAAACAAACAUUUUAAAGACUCGGAUGAACGAAUAUUAGACGAAAUUGCAUAUUCCAUUGAAUCUAUAACUAAGUCUAUGGAAUCCAUCCAGAAAAAUCAUAUCAAGUUUUUAAAAGUCAACGAAGCAUUGGCAUUAUACGUAGCAAAGAUUGAAAAGGAACGAAAAGAAAGAAUCUGUAAAGAAACAAUGACAAUUACAAAUUUUGAAGAAAAAUUAAGAGAGCGUCUGUCGAAAGCAUUAGAGACAUCUGAAGAUAAGGUUUAGUUAGAUGACUAUAUGUAUACCGG